AUGGGGCUCUGCACCUCCAAACCCUCCACGGACCGGAGCAUCCACGUCUCCUAUCCCCCAUCCGAGCCGCCGACCAACGCCGCGGUCGCCGUCGGCGACGGCGGCGUGGAGAGGCCGGAUGCGUCGAGUGCCGACGAGAGCUUGACCUCCGAUGAUCAGAGGAGGAAGGAGAGGACGGAGCUGGAGAAUGUCAAGAAGUCGCCGUUCUUCCCCUUCUACAGUCCCAGUCCAGCGCACUACUUCUUCUCGAAGAAGUCUCCGGCGAGAUCUCCUGCUCCGAAUGCUCCUACUGGGGGCAACUCCACGCCCAAGAGGUUCUUCAAGCGACCCUUCCCCCCGCCGUCUCCGGCGAAGCACAUACGAGCUGUUCUGGCGAGGAGGCAUGGUUCGGUUAAGCCCAACGAGGCGUCGAUCCCCGAAGGGAGUGAGGCGGAUGGGAUGGCUGCCCUGGAUAAGAGCUUCGGAUUCUCUAAGCAUUUUGGGAACAAGUACGAGCUGGGAGAUGAGGUUGGGAGAGGCCAUUUCGGAUACACUUGCGCAGCUAAAUUCAAAAAGGGCGAGCUCAAAGGACAGCAGGUUGCCGUCAAGGUCAUCCCGAAAGUGAAGAUGACCACAGCAAUUGCAAUUGAGGAUGUGCGAAGGGAGGUCAAAAUAUUACGAGCACUGACUGGACAUAAUAACCUGGUGCAAUUCUAUGACGCAUACGAGGACAGUGAUAAUGUCUACAUUGUAAUGGAGUUGUGUGAAGGAGGAGAGCUUUUGGACAGAAUUCUUUCCAGGGGAGGGAAAUAUUCAGAGGAGGACGCAAAGACAGUAAUGAUACAAAUAUUAAACGUUGUUGCAUUUUGCCAUCUACAGGGUGUGGUACACCGGGAUCUUAAACCUGAGAAUUUCCUCUUCACUACCAAGGAUGAGAACUCGCAACUGAAGGCCAUAGACUUUGGUUUGUCCGACUUCGUUAAGCCAGAUGAGAGAUUGAAUGACAUUGUUGGCAGCGCUUAUUAUGUAGCUCCUGAAGUUCUACAUAGAGCAUAUGGUACGGAGGCUGAUGUAUGGAGUAUAGGUGUGAUUGCUUAUAUUCUAUUAUGUGGCAGCCGCCCAUUUUGGGCACGGACCGAAUCUGGAAUCUUUAGAGCUGUCCUAAAAGCCGAUCCAAGCUUUGAUGAAGCGCCUUGGCCAUCCAUGUCUCCUGAAGCCCGGGACUUUGUUAAACGACUACUGAAUAAAGAUCCUCGAAAAAGAAUUACUGCUGCCCAAGCCUUGAGUCAUCCAUGGAUUAAAAGCUCUAAUGAUGUUAUUAAAGUUCCCCUUGAUAUAAUAGUAUUCAAGCUGAUGAAGUCUUACAUGCGUUCGUCAUCUCUUCGUAAAGCCGCUUUGAAGGCGUUAUCUAAAACGUUGACUGUGGAUGAACUAUUCUUUUUGAAAGAGCAGUUUGCUUUGUUGGAACCAAACAAGAAUGGGACAAUAAGUUUAGACAAUAUCAAAUCGGCAUUGAUGAAGCAUGCGACAGAUGCUAUGAAGGAAUCUCGGAUCCCUGAUUUCCUAGCGUCGCUGAAUGCACUCCAGUACAGAAGGAUGGACUUUGAAGAGUUCUGUGCAGCUGCAUUAAGUGUCCAUCAGCUAGAGGCUCUUGACAGGUGGGAGCAACAUGCUCGUUGUGCCUACGAGCUUUUUGAUAAGGAUGGGAACAGGGCCAUUAUGAUUGAAGAACUGGCAUCGGAGCUUGGCCUCAGCCCGUCUGUCCCUGUCCACGCAGUUCUGCAUGAUUGGAUUAGGCACACCGACGGGAAGUUGAGCUUUCUGGGUUUUGUGAAGUUGUUGCAUGGUGUGUCUAGCCGGACGUUUGUGAAAGCUCAAUAG